AUAACAAACAUAUAAUACAAUCAAACUAAUACUCAGCACCAGCGCUGCUCUGCAACGGCGCAUAGUCAGUCAUGCAUAUGUGACCCACCCGUGACCCACCCGUGACCCAGCGCCAGCAGCCAACCACCGACCGCUCACCGGCCUCCCGACUUCAACAGAACUUUUGGCUCCUUCCGCAGUUGCUCUUCUUUUAUCCCCAACUUCCUGCUCAAUUCAACCAGAAUAACACAUUUAUUUACAAUGAUCUCCUCCGUCUCUCGUAUCGCCGCCCGUCGCGCACCCGUCGCCCGUCUCUUCGCUCGCGCCUACUCCUCCGAGGGCGCGACCGGUUCCGUCCGUCCUGGCGGUGAGAAAUCAGGCGAUAGCUUCCAGAAGCGCGAGGCUGCCCAGGAGAACCUCUACGUCCGACAGGUCGAGGCCGAGAAGCUCAAGGCUCUGCGGGAGGCCCUCAAGAAGCAGCGCGAGCACCUCGACACCAUCGAGAACCACCUCAACGACCUCGAGAAGAAGUAAAUGCAUCAUUUAGUCUAGUCUACAACCAUUCUCAAAUCU